ACGCUAACCAACUCGGACGCGUUUACGCCAGCCGUGGAACAGAGAUCUGUCUGUCUUGAAGGAUAAGCUCGCAGCGUGGGAAAAUUGAUUGACCAUUCAAUUGCGUCAUUCGAUUCAGUUUGAUUUGAUCGCGCCAGUGCUUAGGUUGCUGUUGGAACUCGAUCUGAUUCAUUGUGUGUUCACGAUUUGGCGCGUAAAAGCAGCGUGCGAAGCUGUACUGUAACAGUUUUUCCUCGAGUGUUUCUCGGGGUGUGUCGAUGUUUUGAACCAGUCACAGCGCCACAGCAAAACAACGAAAAUAACCUGUUCUUGAAGGGUAACUCGAACGGAUCGCGUUUUCUCAAUUGUGCAAUUUGGCUGCAGUUUCACGCCGCUACAGAGAGGUGUUCUCGUACAAGUCAACAGAAGUGUUAUUGUAGUGGUUACUGUUUUGAAAGUUUUGUAGAAGUGUCGUUAUUUUUCGGCUGUAAAUUAAAAAAAACAUGGCGAAAUACGGAGUACUACUGUUGGUGUCUUCCUUCCUAUUGGCGGUUUCUUUCCAGCAAGCUAAUGCGCUCAAAUGCUGGCGAUGCUCGUCGGACGCUUCGGCGGCUGCCUUCUGCGACGAUCCGUUCACCCAGGAGAUCAUCACCGAUCAGCAGCGACGUUGGAGCUACGUGGACUGCAGCUACCCACCGGGCACCGGGUCGUAUCCCUUCAAUCAGCAGCAGAAUACACAGCGCGCCGUUUGCAAGAAGAUGAGACAGACCAUUAACGACCACGUGGUGAUUUCCCGCUCGUGCGCAUGGGAGGACAUAAACGCGCCACCGAACCAUUGUAUCAAUGCUGCGACACCUGGUUACAUUAAAACCGAGUUCUGCGAGACCUGCACGACAGAUGGAUGCAACGGUGCAUCCCAGUAUGGACCCGCGGCGCUGGUGGUGCUGCUGAUGGCUCUGGUGGCCAAGCUACUCGCUUGGUAAUUCCGGACGACGGAUACGCAGCCGCAGUCUUCAAUCAUUCUUCAGCUUUAACUUCUAAGAUCGAAAGACCCAUAUUUUUGGAAGAAUCUACACCGAAGCAUCACACGAUCGUCAACGUUGCCUUAAUUGUUCAGAGUAUUUCUAUUGUGGAUCGAAGAUAUUUAUUAUGAUUAGUUUCUGGCGUGGUUUUACAAACGAAAAUCCCUCCAUAUACCAUAGCGGAAGCGUUGCUACGCGAGACGAAAGACGCGAUACGAUAUGCAAAUGUACAAAUAGUGUUACAAUAUAUGAUUUCACGAGCAGACAUGAAUGGAAGCACCAGCCAUUGGAAAAUAUAUCACAAAAAAUACAUAGCUCGGAAACAAUCUCAGAGAGUUGUAGAAAGAUGUAGUUGGUGUUAGUGUUGUUAUUAGAUAUAACUAAUUGUUUGUAAGAUCGAUUCGUCUAUUCAACACGUGCAAGCUAAAUCAAAAUUUUUAUAACACUGCUAGUUUUCUCAUCCGGUGGUUAUGUAGAGUAAGAUUUUUCCAUGUACAUAAUUAAUGUAACAUUAAAAAUAAAUAAAGUCAAUUGAAUGAA